AUGGCGCAUAAUCUCGCACCCAUGCCGCCUCCAGGCCUAAUGGUGUAUCGAGGCUUCAUGGCCGAACAGCCCGAGACCUUUCUCUUCAAAAGCCGAGAUUUGUGGUCUUCGAAAGCGUCGUUUUCUAUUAGCCGGGCGACACCGUCUGGUGAGGUCUUGGCCCCGUUUCUGGAUCUGAAAGAGGGGCCGAGAGAUAACGUUGUGUUUCGGACGCUGGAUGGGUACGAAGUCAUGCGCAUCAUACGCAAUAGGCGGAGUUGGAGCGGCAAGGGGGCAAAGUAUUAUGGGAUGAGAGGGGAAGAGGAGAUUUGGCAGUUGAGGUUGGUGAGGGGGUUGAAGGGGACGAGUUACGAGCUUGAUAUUCAUGAUCGUGCUGCCUAUGGGUGGCGGGUCGAGGUGCAUAAUAAAGUGCAAGGCCAGGAAAAGGGCAUCCUGGUUGAAGGUAAUCCUGUGUCCACCAUGUCUCGGUUUCAAGAAUGGAAACAUAUAUCCCGGCAGGAUAUCGUACAUGUUGCGCCUGGAAUGGAUAUCAUGAUUGCGCUGGGGGUGGCCUGGAUCAGAGCGGAUAAGCAGGAGCAGGAUACUCAGACUGUGGCUGCUCUUGUCUAG